AUGCUUGUUACCAGGCAGUUUGACACCACCGAGCAGAGCCACUGGUCCUACAGCAAAUUUGAGACUCCCCUCCACAAGGCCCCUACCACUCCUCCACGCAUGUCGAACCAGUUCGAAGCUCCGUUGCCCACGCCUCCCGAGUGGCAAGGGCAACAGUACUCUUACCUCCCAGGGCCGGAAAACAACGUCUUCUCCCAGGCGUACGGAGCUGGCAAUGAGACUUCGGAUGCGUCGCAACCUCGCACUGCAACCGGCGCCCCUGCACAAGUAGAGAUCCAGACGAAGCAAGAACCCGGUCUGGAAAACCGUGGUACAGCAGACCCUCUUGGACUUCGUCAAGUGAAGCAGCCCACUCCGGAAGACGAGCCCGAGGACAGACAGCAACAGCAGGAACAGCGACAGGCAUCGCAGUCCUUGGAGAAGACCGCAGAGCCGGUGUCCCAGGAACCAACGGCAUCAACAGAUAUGCAGGGCCAGACAAUGAUCUCAAACCCGGCUUCAUCAGCAGAGCUCGGUGCCGAUGCGCCUUCAUCCCAGAUGGACCAUGACGAGGGUAGCUUGAGCAAGGACGAGGACGACGAUGUGCUUGACGAUGAUGAUAUGCUCGACGACGGCGAUGGAACCCCACAGACGGCCGCAGAGCGAACAGCAGCCCGGAGGAAGAUGAAGCGUUUCCGUCUCACACACCAACAGACGAGAUUCCUGAUGAGUGAAUUCGCCAAGCAGCCUCACCCUGAUGCCGCCCACAGAGAACGCCUCUCAAGGGAGAUCCCCGGCCUGAGCCCUCGCCAAGUACAAGUCUGGUUCCAGAACCGGUGA